GUUUAGCUUUUCUGGUUGUAUUGCAUUUGUGGACUUUAUUAGUCUUAAAAUACUUAUUCUCCAUUUCACCUAUUAAUGCUCCAGUCUCGCGAAUGUACUUAUAUUUUGACAGAUUGUUCGAAUUAAGAAGUCCUAUGAGGCUGUAAAAAUAAUAUUGUAACUGCAUACUUCUUAAAAUAUGGUUGAAGUUUACAAGCUGAGAUGCACUCUAUCGGGUCAUAAGAGCGACGUCCGUGCAGUCACUUGUCUUUCAGAUACCAGGAUUGUUUCUGCUUCAAGGGAUUUAACAGCAAGGACAUGGCAUAUUUCCAGAGAAGGUUGCGAUGGCUGUGAAGAUAUGGUUCUUCUCGGGCAUACGAAUUAUGUAUCAGCUGUGUGUUGUCAAGAUUUAGAUAACGAAUGUCAUAUUCUAACAGGAUCACAUGAUAAACUAAUUCGAGGGUAUAAUUCUAUGUCUCCAGAAGCUCUUUUCACUUUAGAAGGGCAUAAAGAUACAGUGUGUACUUUAGCUGUUGGAAAUCACAAAACCAUAAUUAGUGGUUCUUGGGAUAAAUCAAUCAAAAUAUGGAAGGAAGAAAAGUGUGUUUCUACUCUCACAGGACAUGAAGCAGCAGUAUGGUGUGUACUCGUUAUGUCGGCCGUAAAUAUAACCGGUCAUAUUGAUGAUUUAAUUGUUAUCUCUGGUUCAGCUGAUCAAACUAUACGUAUAUGGUGCCUACGUGGUCUUAAUCAAGAUAUAAGUUCGCCUGACAUAAUUUUAUUAAAUUCUUUAAAUGAACAUAAAGACUGUGUACGUGCCUUGGCACGUAUUGAUGAUUCACGAUUUUUAUCAGCAAGCAAUGAUGCCAGUAUAAGAGCUUGGGAUGCUACUACGGGUAAAUGUAUUGGAGAGUUUUAUGGGCACACAAAUUUUGUUUAUGGAUUGGCUUGUUCACCUGAUUUUCCAAAAUUUGUUUCCUGUGGUGAGGAUAGAAGUAUUCGUGUCUGGCUCUUACCUUCGGCAAGUGAAUGGGCUCCUGAAAAACAUUUUAGUUGCUUUCAAACUAUUCUGUUGCCAUGUCAGUCUGCGUGGUGUGUAGCUAUGGUACCGAAUGGUGAUAUUAUUGUCGGAGGCAGUGAUUCGAUGAUUCGGAUAUUUUCAUGUGAUUCAACACGACAAGCAUCUUCAGAUAUUUUGAAACUUUAUGAGACAGAAUUAGCCAAUUUUAAGAUUACAGUUCCUAGUUCUUCUGGAGCUGGAGAUCUAGUUUUGAACAAUUUACCGGGAGUUGAGGCUUUAACGAGACCAGGGAAAUCGGAAGGACAGAUCAUGGUCAUUAACGAUAAUGGCCGCUCUGUUUGUUAUCAAUGGUCUUCACAUGAUACUCGGUGGAUUGAAGUUGGUGAUGUUGUGGGAAGUCAACCUUCUAAUCGUCAAGUUCAUGAAGGCAAAGAAUACGAUUUUGUAUUUACGGUUGAUAUUGAUGAUAGCAUGCCUGGGCUUAAACUACCUUACAAUCGUACUGAAGAUCCCUGGUUUGCGGCUCAUUCUUUUAUUCAAAGACAUGAUUUACCUGCUGGUUAUCUAGAUACAGUUGCUAAUUUCAUUAUUCAAAAUGCAGGACCUCCAAUUAAUCCAGUUGUCAGCAAUGAUCUUUCUCACAGUGAUCCUUUUACUGGAGCACAUCGAUAUAUCCCAAAUAGCUUUUCUUCGACGAUAACCAAGUCCACCACAAAUGGAACGUCGGUUUUUACAUCUCAUUUCCCACCCGAUACCUUUAUAUCUAUGAAAUCAAUCAGCCUUGGUCCUUUAAUGACUAAACUAGAGUCGUUCAAUGUCCAAUCACCGAUUCCGUUAAAUAAUGAAUUUUUAGAAGCAUGUAGAAAAUUCAACAUUGAUGAUUGUACUGAAACUGAAGCUGUUCAUCUUACUACUCAUAUUCUAGAUGCAAUAAACAAGUGGACUCCCGAUACAAUAUUCCCCUUAUUGGAUAUUUUACGGUGUUUAGUCUUUUGGCCGAUAUCCAGUGAUAUUAUAUUUAAAACAACAAAUUGGAAUUAUUUAUUGUUAAUUAGUUUUAACAAUCCUGAUUUGUCAAGUGCAAAUUGUUUAUUGAUGUUACGUCUAUUAGUAAACUCUUUAGCUGCAGAUGGUCCAAGAUUUAUUGACACAAUACAGCGUCAGUCUUUGUCGUCAUCAUCAUCAUCAUCCUUAACAAAUAGUAGUGAUAAGCCGAACGUUGUACCAAAAUCUUUAAUUACUGCUGUUGGAAUAACUGGGAGAUUAGUUGAACUUGUUAAUGAUAAUAAAUUGCAGUUUGUAACGCGUAAACCACAUCAGGUUGCGUUGGCCUGUUUGAUGUAUAAUAUGUCUGUACUUGUUCAUUUGGCGAAACCGUUUUCUAUCGAGUCAAAUAUAUUUCCUCAACUGCGCUUUAUAUCUGGUGUUUGUAUUCGAAUAAGUCUUAAUAUUCUAUCACUUGCCUUGGAUCAUGGUUGUAGUGGUGUUACACAAUUACACCCUGAAGCUGUAAAUCACUUAUUUGUAUCUAUCGGUACCUGUUUAUUAUCAGUAACUUCAGGAUUAAAUUCAACAGAUGAGCAGUUAAAAACACAACGUAUUCGUAUUCUUGCAUCAGCUAUGAUUGGUUUGAAAGAUUUACCUCAAAGUGUUGAUAACGAUGUAAAUAUUGAUAACAAUGUUGAAGAAUUUACCGCCUGGGAAUCAGUUCGUAAAAUUAUUAAUUAUUGGAUAACAACACCUACAGUUUGUUCUAAUGUACGAGCAUGUGCAUCUCAAUUACUUUCAAUUUUAGAAUAACAGUAUCAAGUGACUAAAAGCAA